CAAGCCCUGGUCCUGAUGCUGCCUCCGUCUCUAGCAGGGAUUUAAUUCAGGGAGUUGAGGCGAUCGCAGCGCAGUCUCCUACCAGACAAAGGUGAUAUACCUCAGUCACUACACCUCAGAGAAGCCAAUCCAGAACCUCAGCAUCAUGACCCUCGCAGCCUAUAAGGAGAAGAUGAAGGAGCUUCCUCUCGUGUCUCUUUUCUGUUCCUGUUUCCUCUCCGAUCCCUCAAAGAAACAAACGUAUAAAUAUGAUGCAGACACUGUGGACCUCACGUGGUGCGUUAUCUCAGACAUGGAAGUCAUAGAGUUAAACAAGAGAGCCUCAGGACAUGCCUUUGAAGUCAUCCUUAAGCCGCCUUCCUUCGACGUAGUCCCAGAAUUCAACGCUUCCCUCCCCCAGCGACGAGACCCAUCCCUGGAGGAGAUUCAGAAAAAACUCGAGGCCGCUGAAGAAAGACGCAAGUGUCAAGAGGCCGAGCUCCUCAAGCACCUGGCAGAGAAGCGAGAACACGAACGUGAAGUCAUCCAGAAAGCCAUAGAAGAAAACAACAACUUUAGCAAAAUGGCCAAGGAAAAACUUAACCAGAAAAUGGAAGUCAACAAGGAGAACAGGGAAGCCCACUUAGCCGCCAUGCUUGAACGUCUGCAGGAGAAGGACAAACAUGCAGAAGAAGUAAGGAAAAACAAAGAGCUUAAGGAAGAAGCUUCCAGGUAGAAGGUGAUGACUUUCACAAUUUGGACUGAGGAUCCCACAAGGUGCCCGAACGGCGCAGCACAAUGUUAAGGGACUUAGAGAGUCUCUUUUGCUUUGUAUGUUUGUGAAUGUCAAGAGAUGACUGGCAAAGCCACCUUUUUUAAGACAGUUUAGGGGCGGGCAUUGGGAUGAUGUAACGGGAAAGGUUGGCCAUCUCAUCCGCAAGUCCUAAAGAGUCGUACCCAUGAACCCUGCCUUCAACAUUACCUUCAUGUCAAUGCGUUUGUUCAGAAUCGAAAUAGCAGCUGCGAUGGGGAAAGCGCCGGGAGUUUUCAGGCUUCCGUAGCGCAAAUGAACCAACCGAUCUCUGUGUCAGCUAUAGACAGGGCUGUUUAUUGGCACUAAUUUUCUAUGUCUACCAUUAUGUCAUUAAUACAUACGUUAAUAUCAGGUUA